CUAUAACACAUUAGGUGGUGUGCUGCCGACGUUAUCUGUCAAGCUGCAUUGUCGCUCCUUGGUGCGCCACUCAUUGACGGCUACGUUGUCUCCAUACUCUAGAGUCUUGCCAUGGCCGCUGCACCACAACCCACUGUUGAUGAACUAGAGAAAAAGGAGGAGGACGAGUACCGCACUGGGCCGCUAUCGGUCUUAACUCAGAGUGUCAAGACUAACGGACAGGUGCUCAUCAACUGCCGGAACAACCACAAGCUACUUGCAAGGGUGAAGGCGUUUGAUCGGCAUUGCAAUAUGAUUUUGGAGAACGUCAAGGAGAUGUGGACGGAGAUUCCGAAGACGGGGAAGGGCUCCAAGGGCUCCAGGCCGGUCAACAAGGACCGCUUUGUUAGCAAGAUGUUUUUGCGAGGAGACUCUGUUAUUAUGGUUCUGCGCAACCCGAAAUAGUGAGCCAGAUCGCAUGGCUGCCCAGCCCCCUGCCAGCCAGUCAGCGAGCCCAUGAUCCAUUGGAGACGACGACUGCAUAAUAGUGUGGCAUCAUGCGGGCGGCCAUUCUGCAGCUUGGCGGGCGCCUUGUACUUCUUGGGUUUCGCGUACGGGGGGCCCUACUGAUUGGCUCAUAUCUUGUUGCGUUAUGUGCUUGGGAGACAGCCUCGGUCAACCCUCUUGGUUAGGUCAAGCGUGUCACACGCCAACGAUAUUGCGUUUGAUUGUUCCGCGACGCCAUGUCGUUAAUAUGGGCAUGUAAUCUGGGUUUACCGCGUCGGAAUUUGGUGACCCGAUUUAUAGGGAUGUGCUGUCCGCUAACGCUGACCUGACGUGCCCGACACGCCGUGCUUCUUAGGUCUGCCUAACGAUGCUCCUCGGGAGGAUGCAAGCAUGUUAAAUAUAGGUUAUGUUGAAAAUGCUGGACUAUUUGAUGCAUUAUGAAUGGCUGCGUUCGGUAUCCCUUCCUGUAACGGCGUGGCUAUGGCUAGACGG